GCUUGUUGAUGACGUUGCCGCGGCGCCCUGGGAGGGAUUGGCCGAAACUCAGCACCAGGAGCGCAUGGCGGAAGUGUGAAAGAAGCCUUGGAGAGGUGUGGGAGAGGCGGGGGUCGCAAUGAGCGGUCUCGGCCGACUCUUCGGGAGGGGAAAGAAGGAGAAGGACCCAACCCCUGAAGAAGCAAUUCAAAAAUUGAAGGAGACAGAAAAGAUAUUGAUCAAGAAACAAGAGUUUCUGGAGCAGAAGAUUCAGCAGGAGCUGCAAACAGCCAAAAAGCAUGGGACCAAGAAUAAGAGAGCCGCCCUACAGGCUUUGCGGAGAAAGAAAAGACUGCAACAACAGCUGGCACAAACCGAUGGGGCAUUAUCUACCCUGGAGUUUCAGCGUGAGGCCAUUGAGAAUGCUACCACCAAUACAGAAGUGCUUCGUACUAUGGAGCUUGCUGCCCAAGGCAUGAAGAAGGUCUACCAGGACAUGGAUAUUGACAAAGUGGAUGAACUAACGGCUGACAUCACAGAACAACAGGAGUCGGCCCAGCAGAUCUCAGAUGCCAUUUCUCGGCCUAUCGGCUUUGGAGAUGAUGUGGAUGAGGAUGAACUGCUGGAGGAACUAGAGGAGCUGGAACAGGAGGAAUUGGCCCGGGAGCUGUUAAAUGUAGGCGACGAGGAAGAAGAACCUCCAGUCAAUCUGCCCAGUGUGCCCUCCACACGGCUGCCUACAGAGCCAGGUACCCAGGGCUGUGGUGUUGUCAUAAGCAAUAAUCCUAGGGCCUGGAGUUGCUUUCCAGUCUUGCUGCUGCUGCCGCUGUUGCUGGGCACAGGCUGCGGACCCGGGGUGGAGGGCGUGACACACUACAAGACCGGCGACCCUGUCAUUCUCUAUGUCAACAAAGUAGGGCCCUACCAUAACCCUCAAGAGACUUACCACUACUAUCAGCUUCCAGUCUGCUCCCCGGAGAAGAUCCGCCACAAAAGCCUUAGCCUGGGCGAAGUGCUGGAUGGAGACCGAAUGGCUGAGUCUUUGUACGAGAUCCGCUUUCGGGAGAACGUGGAGAAGAGAACUCUGUGCCACAUGCAGCUCAGUUCUGCACAGGUCAGCCUCUCACGUGGUCGGUCUGCUGGAGCUAAGCCCUCCCUCCCUGGGACUGUUAACAGUGUCUUCUAAUGGUGUUUUCAGAAGCAUCCUUGCAGAAGUGAUCUCACUUGAACUGUUGUUAUACUACUUGGUGUGGCAGGCAGGGCUGAUGGCAUUAUUUGCUCUUAGUUGGCAAAGGAAAGUACUCAGAGAUGACCUUUUUCAGUCUACAGAGAUGGACGGGGAGAUUGCAUAUGGUUAUGCCAAACGACUUCCAUGCAGGAGGCACCAAGGUCCCAGCACCGCAGCGACAGGCGCCGAGGUGGUGAUGAUGGUUUCUUUCCCCGGACGCUGGAAAUCCACUGGUUAUCCAUCAUCAAUUCCAUGGUGCUUGUGUUCUUACUGGUGGGUUUUGUGGCCGUCAUUCUCAUGCGUGUGCUUCGGAAUGACCUGGCUCGGUACAACUUAGAUGAGGAGACAACCUCCGGAGGUUCUGGUGAUGACUUUGACCAAGGUGACAAUGGCUGGAAAAUUAUCCACACAGACGUCUUCCGCUUCCCUCCAUACCGGGGUCUGCUCUGUGCCGUGCUUGGUGUGGGAGCCCAGUUCCUGGCCCUAGGCACUGGCAUUAUAGUCAUGGCGCUGCUGGGUAUGUUCAAUGUGCACCGCCAUGGAGCCAUCAACUCCGCGGCCAUCUUGUUGUAUGCACUGACCUGCUGCAUCUCUGGCUACGUGUCCAGCCACUUCUACCAGCAGAUUGGAGGCGAGCGUUGGGUGUGGAACAUCAUUCUCACUACCAGUCUCUUCUCUGUGCCUUUCUUCCUGACGUGGAGUGUCGUGAACUCUGUGCACUGGGCUAAUGGCUCAACCCAGGCUCUGCCAGCCACCACCAUCCUGCUGCUUCUGACCGUCUGGUUGCUGGUGGGCUUCCCCCUCACUGUCAUUGGAGGCAUCUUUGGGAAAAACAACGCCAGCUCCUUUGAUGCGCCUUGUCGCACCAAGAACAUUGCCCGGGAAAUCCCGCCCCAGCCCUGGUACAAGUCAACUCUCAUCCACAUGACUGUUGGAGGCUUCUUGCCUUUCAGUGCCAUCUCCGUGGAGCUGUACUACAUCUUUGCCACAGUAUGGGGUCGAGAGCAGUACACCCUAUAUGGAAUCCUCUUCUUCGUCUUUGCCAUCCUACUGAGUGUGGGAGCUUGCAUCUCCAUUGCACUUACCUACUUCCAGCUGUCGGGAGAAGAUUACCGGUGGUGGUGGCGAUCGGUGCUGAGUGUUGGCUCCACUGGCCUCUUCAUCUUCCUCUACUCUGUUUUCUACUAUGCCCGGCGCUCCAACAUGUCAGGGGCAGUACAGACAGUAGAGUUCUUUGGCUAUUCUUUACUCACUGGUUACGUAUUCUUUCUCAUGCUGGGUACCAUCUCUUUUUUUUCUUCCCUAAAGUUUAUCCGCUAUAUCUAUGUAAACCUCAAGAUGGACUGAGUUUUGGAUAGUAAAACUAUUGGUCUCAUCUCCCUUACUUCACAUCCUAUUGAGCUCUCUUACCAACUUUUCUGAUUGAGGGACUGACCUGUGUGAUGGCAUCAUGGCAUUCCUCUUUGUUCUCUGGGCCUCCCUUCCCCAGAGAGAGCCUGGAAAUGGAAUAAACAUGCUUCCCAUAGUAACAUGAAGACUGGCAGAAUAUAUAUAUAUUUGCACUUUUUGA